GUAAGUCAAGGAUCAGGAUGUCCACCAAACUGGAAAGAAUAUGGCAAUUCAUGCUAUCUUUUUGUCAUACCAACUGCACAAGUCCGUCGAAUGAGCUGGGAAAACUCCAGAGCUAACUGUCUAGGAUAUGGAGCUGACAUGGUUUCUAUUCUUAAUUCCUCUGAAGUUGAUUUUAUUAACAAGCAAACAAAAGUCCUAGGAAACCAUUUGUUCUGGAUUGGGCUAUUCCGCAACAAGACAACCAGCGAUCCAAAGGAAGGCUGGAUCUGGAGUGACGGCAAUAAUUUUACAAAUCCUCAGCAGUGGAAUAGGGGUGAACCAAAUAACUACAAGAAUAAUGAAAACUGUGCCGAAGUUUUCGCAACUAACAAACGGUGGAAUGAUAAUGAUUGCGCUAAAUUAUUUUCUUCGAUUUGCAAAAGGAAAAAAGGUACUGAAUUUGUGUAAGCUCUACUCGCAUUAUACCAACUGAAAUUUAUAUAAAAAUAGUUUGACCAUCCAAUCAAGUAGUUUCCAAAUACUUUUCGCACCAACACAUUUGAAUUAAAACUUAUAAGACUACCAUUCUUUAAUUUUUGAGAAAUUUCGAUUUUGUAGCGAGAGAAUCCGGUAUCGUUUGUGGAACUUCGGUUUUGUAGCUUUGCUCACAGUAUUUAAGUUUGAAGAAUAGAGCAUCGUUAAUCGCUAACACGGCAUGGCAUUAGUUGACAAUUGCAGCUAGUACUGCAUGCGAAAACAAUGCCCCAAGAUAGCUUCCUAACUACGUUUCCGGCAUUUUUCGCGCGUUCCUAUUCUUCCAAUUUCUGAAUGAUAUGUUCGGACCAUUAAUAGUUUGUUCAGACAUCGACGAAAAUUGAAAUAGUUUUGUAGAAAAUAAUUCUAAAAUUACAAACAAUGUAUAGAAAAAAUUUAACAUUAUAGGUACUAAAAUGAUUGAAAAGGCAAAUAAAAACACAACCAGACACAUUGCUACAAUGCGCUGCGUGUGCGCAAAGUACACCACAGACGCAGACAUAUAUACUAUAUUUGAAUAAAUACCAAGGCUUAUGAUUCCAAACAACCUUUUUGCAAGGCGCGCACAUAGAUAUCUUAUAUACACUAGAUAGUGCAUCUAAUUAUUCUGCAAUUCAAAAAUUGAAGCCAUGAUUGCAGACUCAGGAUAUUCCCAUGAAAUGAGAAGAUUCGUAUGUUUUCUAUUUCUUAAACAGGGAACUUAAACAGUAAGUUAAACCUAUUCCAAAUACAUUUUAAACUAUUCAAAUGAUGAAAGUUAUUGUUGUUUUUUAAGCCUUUAUUAGCGAGUGGGAACUACACCAACAUGGCCGCCAUCUAUUCAAAUGGGGGUAACCGCUGGAAUAUUCUUGGCUUUAAUUUUACUAAAAGAGAUGCGCUAUCUAGUGUAAAUAAGAUAUCUAUGGGCGCGCACCAUUAGAAAAGUGAUGGGAGGGGGAUAUUCAGCUUGCACGAAUUUUUUUUCGGCUUUCGACUGUGUGCUUUUGCUGGCAUUUUUUUUUUGCUUCCCGUCUGCGUGAAUUUUUUUCUUUUAUUUUCGUUUUCGCGAAGUUGUUUUUUUCGUAUCCCCAUUCCAAUCACUUUUCUAAUUGUCCGCCUCAAAUAGAGCCUGACAUAAAGCUUAUUCUGAUUUCUCUCUCUCAAUAAUAAUUAUAGUCAAAUAAUUAUAGUCAUACUAAUAUACAUGAAAAAAUUUCUCAAUUCUGAUUGACUAACAGCAGUGCAAUUUUUUCGAAAUACAGUGCCAAAAAAUGAAAUGCGGUGCAAAAAAAAGAAAUUCAUUGCAAAUUUCAUUGACUAUUUAAGGCCUUCUGAUUCUCUUAAAAUAUGAAACAAUAACAAAGAUAGCCAAUUAGAUACAGCAAUUUCCAGCAGAAAUAAUACAAGAACACAAACAUUUAGGCGUCGUUAGGAGUGACUGGCGUGUUUUCGUAAAAAAAAAUGGCUGGCGUUAAUUUUUCAUUUAUAUAUAUUAUUAAUAAUUAAUAGUAUGGUUUCUCCUACAAUUUGAAAAACAUAUACUCGUGCGUUUUUCAAAGACUUCAAAUUGUACUCGUCCUUCGGACUCGUGCAAUUUUGAAAAAUUCACUCGAGCAUGUUUUUCCAAAUUGCACUCGCCACCAUACUAUUACCUAAACUGUCAGCCGUGAGGCCCUGGGACCGAGGAUGAUACAAACUACUAAAUAUAUAAUGAAUAUUUGCACCAACCAAUCAUAAUACAGAUUCAUUUUUUGUCUGUUAUAUACUAAAGAGGUGGAAAGCCGGAUUUUGGCUUCUUGAUAUGUGGAAAGGCAAGGACUUUUCCCUUUCAUCCACCCGCAUAACUAAGACUAACUAACAGACUAACAAACUAAUAUAACACACAACAAACUAACAGACUAACCGACUAACAAGCUCACGCAGUGAAUAUAAAGCGAUGACUGACUUUGUUUGGGCACCACAAUUAUUACUUUUAGUAACCACGCCAAAAGAGGCCUGGGAUGAGGUUAAGAAACUAUCUCAGGAAACAUCUCAUUCUCGUUCCCAAAGCCAUUUUCCCUCGGUCACUCGUUGAAAAUUAGGCUCUGGGUUAGACGACCAGGUAGAGAUCUGAUUGGCUUCUCAGAGAACUGCUACGUUCCCAGAACGUUGAGCAAUUUUUGCUAGCCAAAAUUAUUCCAUCAAAAUAUGUGAACACAAAUUCUUCGUUUCUUGGUAAUACUUCUCUGGAAAAAUUGUUACGGGUCUAAAGCGUCCCAAUACAAGAGUAUCUACUUUAAAUUACUGCAAGUUUUCUUGCACUUCCGGUUCCGUGUAUCCCAAGGCCUAUGAGGGUCGCGCGUGGCCGAGAGGCCCUGAGAGCGAGGAUGGAAACGUCUAUGCUGUGCAUCCUUACUCGAGUUGAGUGUCCUGUGGCGAAUCUGAGUUAAUUUUCGUAUAGAUAUGGGUAAUUUUAAUGCAAAUUAUUUCAACACGAACAAACGGUUAGCAUUAUUUUCCAUCCAGCAAACUACCUGACGUCUAACCCCUAACCCUAAAAGAAACGACUUUAGAAAAUCUAUAGGGCGGUUUGCUGGAUGGAAAAUAGUGCUAACCGCAACAAACGAUGAGUCAUUGCCACUGAUAGUAAUGAUAUUUAAAUUAUGGUUUGUACAGAACUAUCUUAUUUGCAGUAAAAUAGUUGUAUUGUACGUUAUCCGCUAAACUUUGCUGUAUUCACAUGUAGGUCUUCCUGAUCCAACGACUCCAACUAGUGGAACCCUUCCUCCCACUAAAGGUACGGUAUAGCAGAACAUUAUGUUGUUUGUGCAUGAUGUUACUCUGAGUGUAUAUCCACACCGGGAACGCUUAAGAAAUAUGCCUGGCCACGGCGGGAAUCGAACCUACGACCUUUGGAAUACUAGCCCAAUGCUCUGCCAACUGAGUUACGCGGUCAUGUCGGUUCGAAUAUGUGAUAUUUCGGAACUGAGUCUAGUUCCUUCGAUAUCAGUGCAAUCUAGUAAUGAUGACUUUUUCUGUGUUGGAUGUACUCAGCUGUCUGUACUUAUCGCCCACAUGUAUAAUAAGCCACAAAUACUGUAUACAGAUAGCUGCAGAUAAAUUCACUGGAAUUUAUUUUGACACUGCAAUUCAUCCGUGAUUGGCCGAUUGAAUAAAUGAAUAAAAUUAGAAACCACAAACUAAACUACAAAAUUUAACAACAAUUCGUAGUAUGAAUCUUUAUACAUGUCAUUAUAUAUAAUUCAAACUCUCAUUAAUAAUUCAUAAGCUUAUUGGCAAAUUAUGUCAACCAUAAUAUGUCACGCGCAGUGGUUUAAACCUGAUAAAACACUCCUAAUUAGUAUUCUUUAUAUAAAUAAUACUAAUAGUAAUAAGGCAUGCAGUAUAUCUAUUGAAUUUGUAGUCGUGUUUGAAGCCGUUUAAUAAACUCGCAUGUGUCCUGUUUUCGCUCGUGGCUUUUAAUAAACCUAAUAAAACACUCCUGCUCGUUUAUUAAAAAGUACUUAUCUUUGUAUAAUCAGAUCCGCCUCCAAGAUGUGAUAGUGGAUGGAUUGCAUAUAACAGGUCUUGUUAUAGAAUGUUUCAAAGGGCGAUAACAUGGGGUGCAGCAAAGCGCACUUGUCGGGACACCGGAGGACACCUGGUCAGAAUCGACAAUGAUAAUGAGCAACACUUUCUGUCAAAUUAUGUUCGUCCAAAGCGUCAGGUAGGGCAAAUUAUAAAGUUGGGCAAAUUAUAAACGUAUAUAUUAAAGUAGCCUACUGUAGGGCAAAAAGGGGGGAAUAAUGGAAACCAGCCUCCCAAUGAUUGUUGAGGCUAGUGUGGUUAAAUAAAGUCUGUAUGUAUGUAUAUGUAAAUUUGUAAUAUAACAGUGGAAAAUGCAAGAAACAUGUAAGAUUAUAGUUAAAAAAUGCAAUCAGGUUAGUUAAAAAUGCAAUGCAGCGAUCAGGUUACAUCGCGCAGCAUAACUCUUUUCGGCACUCGAGACUUUCAAAAUUUUCUCGAUUUUAAAUUAUAAGUUUUCGGAUAAACUAUAUAUCAAAUUAUUUCUAAUGUCUUGGUGAUCCUUCUAAUAUAAAAUUGGAGUUGUCUCGCAAUGUACUCAUCGAGAUAUUUCGCGCGAAAUUUCACACUAUCAACAUGGCAACAGCGGAUGUUCAAGAUACAAACGAAAACCUUUCUCAAAACACAAACGAUGUUAUAGAUUCAGAAAUCACCAAACCUACUUUGUUAUAUAUCCGUGAAGAUGAUUUAUUGUGGAAAGGGGAUAUGGAAUCUUUAAAAAAGUUCAUAGAAGCGGAUAUACAACUCAGCGGAAGAUGGUCAUCGCCGAGAGGCGGAACUAUUCAAUUCAGUGAUCUCGAGUUUUGUUUGAAAUGGCAUGGCCAACGGAGAAUAAACUUUCGAUAAUACAAGACAACGAGGACAAUCAGCUGCUGAAAUAUAUACUAUUGAGUUCCAUAUUUUGAUAUUUUGAUUGCAAUAUGUUAUCCACGUUUCGUUGAGAGUUCCCGAUCGAGCAGUUGGACACAUGUUGGGUGAUGUCAAUGACUUCCGAUAGAGUUGUAUCGUCCAUGAACAAUGAAAUAUCUUCAUCUUCUGGGUUAACUGGGGAGAUUACGAGUGGAAGAUCAUUGAUGUGGAUAAUAAAUGCGAUGGGUCCAAUAGUUACUUCCUUGGGGAACUCCUCCUUUGACUCAAGCCUCCUGCGAGAAUUCAUUGCGGAAUUUAGUGACUUGUGACCUAUCUUUGAGGUACGAUCCUAGCCAAGAAACAAGAGCUGGCCUGACCCCAAUUUUCUCACAAUUUUCCAAUAGCUUAUUGUGAUCUACCAAGUCAUAAGCUUUUCUAAAAUCAAGAAAUAUAAUCCGUAUUAUCCUGCCAGGCGUUUCCAUGGCCAAAUAGCAUUUACAGGUAUGUAUAAGGUUAACUAGGGUCAACAUAGCAGAUGAUCCCGGUAACCCGCCAUAUUGGGAUUCAUUGAAAUUCGCCCAUACAUCCUGAUUGAUCCAUUCUAUAGUAUAUGACUCCUAUAUCUUAGACAAAAUGCUGGUAAGCGAAAUUGGUCUCAAGUCCUCUACAGCAGAGCAUGGUGUAACCGUUGGAAUUGCGCAAACGUUAUAACGUUUCCGUAUUUUUGGGAAUAUCCGUGACCUGAACGAUUCAUUGAAAAUGUUUGCUAACGGAAUAGCAAAAGUCUUGGCAAACAUCUUCAGCAUUUUAAAAUUGGCAUCGCACGGAUCGCUUGCCUUCCUAACACUAAGUCCCUUUAACUUCUUUUCUACACUUUCUUCACUAAUAACUGGCAAAGGCUCGGAGGAACCGUCGUCUAACCACUUAUCCUGCACUUCGAUAAAAUUCUCAGUUAGGCUUGCGAAAAAUUCAUUUAUAUGUUCCGCAGCUUGUUUCUCGUCCAUAGGAUGUUCCGUUUGCGGAUCAAACAGUGUAAUAGACUGUUUCUUUUUCCCAACAAUUUUAUUUACAUUCUUCCACCAAAAAUGCGGAUUUUUAAGGUGGGACGAACAUGAUUGUGGUAAAAGUUCUUUUUUGCAGAUCGAACCGGAACCUCCGCAACAAUUUGAUUUCUAAGACGUUUAAAGAGCUCAAAGUUACCCGACUUAUGAGCUUUGUUACGCUUUGCCAUUAGCUUUUUUAAUCUUCCAGUUAUAAAUGGUUUAUCAUCUUCGUGUAAUUUGAAUGUUUUAAUUGGAAAAAAGGAGUCAAUUGAAACUUGCGUAAAUUCUAGAAACGCGUUAACUUUAUCAUUAACAUCUUUCGUGGAUAAUAUGAAAGACCAGUCGCAAUUAGUCACAAAUUCACGCAUUUUUUUUGGUUCCUGGAGGGUGGAUUUUCAAACAAUGGUCAACCUAGAUCCUGACCUAGAACAACUAAAUGACUUUGUUAGCAGUAAAAUACUGAUGAUAUUCUUCUUACAAUACCACCUUUAACGUGUGAUGAAGUUUUUCAAUUACUUAAUCAAUUAGAUCCUCGUAAAGCUACUGGUUUGGAUGGAUUUUCCUCCAAAAUACUCAAAAUGUCAGCUUCAGUCACUGCAGAACCUUUUACCUUGAUUCUUAAUCAAAGCAUUACUUACGGUUACUUCCCAAUGCGAUGGAAAACUGCAAGAGUUGCCCAGUUCAUAAAUCUGGAAGUCGUACUGAAAAAAGUAAUUACCGUCAAAUCUCCAUUCUCUGUAUUGUAAGCAAACUGUUGGAACGUCACUACCAUAACAGCAUAACCACCCACUUAAUAUCUUUUGACCUACUGUGUGAAGGACAAUCGGGAUUCCGACGCUACCAUUCUUGUGAAAGUGCAAUUGUUAAGUUGGUAGAUACAUGGCUUACAAAUAUUGAACAUGGAAAACUUAAUGGUGUAACACUUAUUGAUUUUCGAAAAGCUUUUGACAUGAUCAGCAUCAAUAUUCUCAUCUCCAAGCUUAAGUGUUAUCAUUUCGAUGAAACUCUAAUUAAAUGGAUGUAUUCUUAUCUGUCCGGAAGAUAUCAGUGUGUUCAAAUUAAAAAUUACAUUUCAUCAAUAGCUCCUGUUUCAUUUGGCGUACCACAAGGGAGUGUUCUGGGACCGCUUCUAUUUAUUUUAUUUGUUAACGAUCUCCCUUUACAUAGUAACCAGAACGUAGAUCUUUAUGCUGAUGAUUCCACCUUCUGGAAAUUUCCUCUGGAAAUUCCAUGAACCAGUUGAAUUGAACACUCUCGUCUUCCAUGGAAGACAUCGAGCAAUGGAGCACAUUUAAUGGGAUGGUGAUUAAUGGGGAGAAAACAAAUCAAUGGUGAUUUGUACAUAUAAAAAAUCUACGAAAAUUGGCUCUUCUGAACUCUAUAUCAAUUACAACAAUACCGUGCUUGAAAAUGUAGAAUCAAAAAGAUUGCUGGGUGUGAUUGUUGAUAAUCAUCUCUGUUGGAAAGCUCAUAUUCAUAUCAAUGAUCUAGCUUCUAAUCUGAGUAAACUUAUCGCUCUGUUCCGCCGAAUCAAAAUGUAUCUGCUAUUUUUUAAAUUUAUAAUUUAUAUUUUAUAAAUAAAAUAUAAAACGUUCUUUCAACCAAGAAUUGAUUAUUGCUGCACCGUUUGGGGACAAUCACCACACACUUCAAGAAUAUACAAACUACAAAAACUUAUCUUAAAACUAAUUUAUGAUAAAUCUAAACUUUCUCCAUCUAAACUACUUUUCGAACGGUCAAACAUUUUACCGAUAAAGUACAGAGUUGUGUAUAGGGUAGUUUACCUAGUUUAUUAAACACUACUUAAAUAACUUGACUCCAGACUAUUUAAGUAAUAUGUUCAAACCAUUGUCAACAAUUUCCCAGCGACAUACAAGAAGCACUGCCAAUAUGGACUUAUGGGUACCAAACUAUAAACUAACAAUAACCAGAAGUGGACUUCGGUACACUGGAGCAUAUUUUUAUAAUAUGUUGCCACCAGAUAUUAGAUCUUCCAGCUCAUUUCAAGCAUUCAAGCGUAAAGCCCAUGAAUUGUUUUUGGAUAUGUACAAAAAUAACUCGUAAGAUGUACAGUGUAUGUUAUACCUAUAUCGAUAUGAACUUUAUGUAAUUAUGUAUACUGUAAUCUGUAGAAAUGUAAAUUGUACUGCAUGUAAAUACCGGGUGUCCCCCAAAAAAGUACUCCGAUUUGAUUCUUAAUAACUUCUAAACAAGUAAAGCUAUCGAACAGAAAUAACUUGCAUUAAAUAGAGCAAGGACUAACUUAGAUUUUGAUAUAUUACAGCUGUAUUUUACUUAAAAAUUCACGGAGAUAUUAAUGUUCAAAAUCGGGAGCAUAUUUUGCGAUGCGUCUAAAAUUAGCGAAAAUCGGCAUAUCAAAUAUUAACUUAGCUCAAAUAUUAACUUAAUUGUAGCUUACGCCCGGAACGGCGCUCCGCGCCGUUGGCUCGGGGAUAAUAAUUUACAUUUAUAGUGCGCAAAUGUUCCAUUUGAAUAUGUUCACAUGCACAUAACAAUUUAUAUAGAAGAAUUAAUACAAGAAAAAGUGUAAUAAUUAAUAAAACUAUUUAUGUUCAAUAUUAAAAAGUCUAAAAAAUAUAUAAAUACGCUUUCUUAAAUAAAAAUGUCUUUAUUAAAAGUCUUUUGAAAUUGUCAACAGAACUAGCUUGCUGGAUGUGUGAGCUAAACUAUAAUAUAGUAUGAGCGGAACUAAUUCAAAUUUUUUUAGAGUUUUUGGAUUGGCCUAAAUGACCUUGACGUUGCUGGAAAUUGGACGUGGGAGUUUCGUUCUAAAGAUCCUUUGAAUUACAAAAACUGGCAGAUUGGUGAACCGAAUGGUUUAGGAGUAGAACGGUGUACCGAAAUGUAUGGUCAUGCCCAAGCGGGUUAUUGGAAUGAUGCAAGUUGCUAUGGAUGGAAAUCUUACAUUUGUGAGAAGGAAGAAGGUAAGAUGUCAUUGCGAAAGUAUAACAAUAUGUAGUCAAUAUACCUGACAAAACACAUUUUGAGUCGGUAUUAUUUGACAAUGGCUUAGGCUACGCUGAGAAAAACGGUGCGGAUUUAGAAACCCUAAACUGUUGGUAGCAUCUUUGAUUGUUGGCCGCGCCACUUCAUUAUGCGACUGCUUUUGGUGACUGUUUGCACAGACUUACGUCUUACAACAUCUAGAAAGUCGCCCAGCUGUUGGUGGCCAAAUUGGCAACUAACUGACGAGGUUUUUAAAUUGUAGAAGUGUGUAACUUUGUGGGGGAAACACAAAACUAUUACUACACUGCAUUAGCGAAAUUUACGCACAAUGUAUAUAAAUCGUACCCUAUCCACAGGAUGGUAGAUAGACGUCGGCCACUCGCCAAAAAGCAGUUGGAAAACAUGUAUCGUUGCACCCGCGCGGAAACCGCAAAAUGUGUUCAUUAAUCCACUGCCAUUAUACAAAACACGAAUGCUGUUUUCUAUUCUAACCUGCUCGAGAAAAUCGCUAUUAUAUAUGUAUGACGUCAUUCAUUAGUGGGAAAACUAAAAAUCUUGGGAAUUCAAAAUGAACUUCAAGAGACAUUUGUAAAGAUCUAAGUAACAAAGUUUAAUUUUGUCUUCCUAAUACUGAUAUGCGUUUAUGAGUUUACUGAAUUUUAAUUCUUUUUCAUUCAAUCUACUGAUUCAAACUGCUCAAAUCCACCAAAUUUGGCAUCAAAUGAAAGGAAAUUUUUAAAAUAAUUUAGUUCUGGGGCUGCAUUUCUAAUUUACGCAUGCACAUACUGUACUAAGUAUCUAGGGAUAACCGCGAUGUAUUUGGAAGCUGCACCAUAUAACCUGCUGGUCUAGACGAAAUAAAUUUGAAAAUGGAAAUUUUAUCGAAUCGUUUGAACAAAAGGUUUUGUUAGAAAGCUAACACACUCUUAUGAAGCUUGCAUAACUAGUUGGUGAUGUAUUUGUAAUUGCUUUUAAUUAAUGGGUUCGGAAGAGAGACAAAGACUUGUUAAAAAUCGCUAUAUUUUGUAACUAUAAGCGCUAUGGUUGUACGUAUGGACUGUUACGUGUUGCAUCAGUGCCUUUUUUAACUAUAUAUCUGGGGGGGGGGGAAUUGCCCCCCCCCCUGGGAAAGAAUUUGCCCCCCCCCCCAGUAAAGCCAUUUCUGCCCCCGAAGUGCGAAGCAGAAUUUCUCAUGAUUGCUGUCAGAAUUGCAGUUGAUUUACUUAAUAAUGAGAUUAUGCCCUUCCAUAGCCUCCUCCACAGCUAUCUUGUGUAUAAUUCAUAUUGUUCUUCACCGAGUAUUUCAUAAUAGCGAUAGAUUUCAUGCAAACAAUCCGAUAAAAUGCUGGUUCCAAGAAGAAUAGAUUUAGUUUAGAUUUUUAACUGUUAAAUACAUGUAUGCAUCAUCAUAGCAUGAAUAUUUCUUCUCAGACUUAUUCUGUAUCGUAUGAAAAAGCAACGCAAUUUUGAGAAUGCGGAAAUGGUGUCUCAUAGAACCUAAAAUGAUUUAAAUGUAACAUUUCUGAUCAAAAUCAGAUUGGGAUUUUCUCCCCCCCCCCCAGCAUCACAGAGAGGAAAUAAGGUGACACUGACCCCUCCUCCUAUUUUUCAAGGUGACUUUUCCAGUUUAUUUAAUUCCGAGUAGAAAUGUCUGGAAAAAUUCAUGUCUUCGAUGUACUUUAUAAUCUUCGGAACUCUUCGGAAUUUCACUCCCAAAAUGCUUGAAAUCGCAAUUCAGGGACCCUAGAUUUGAAAAUUUCCCCGGGGGUGCAUGCCCCGGACCCUCCUAGACUUUUCGACCCCCCCCCCAAAAAAAAAAAAUUAAGGUCUGGCUACGCCACUGGUUAUAGCUGUACGAUUAUAGCUACAAAGAGUUGAAGUUAUUGUUUAAAGUAAAAUAUAGGUGAAGUUAAUAAAUUAAAGUUUUACAAAAUCUCUCUUCAGACUCGCGCGUUCGCCAAACCUCGACGGCUCAUAUUUUUCGUUCUGCCUUUUUCCUGUUUUGCCCCCCCAGUGAAAAUUCCUUUAAAAAGGCACCGUGUUGCAUUCAGGCAAAUUUUCCUAGUAAGUUUGAUAUGUAUAUAUCAGUUUUUCGGCUAAGUACGAACAAUAUUUUAGUAUGCAUUCAAAUUUUGUUCUUGUGUGUGAUUGAUCAGAAAUCCCCAUCCAAAAUCUCAAUAUCCAGUAUUUAAUAAUUGCGUGCAAUAUUUUGUGCAAAAUUAUUUUUAUUCAGACCUCGGUCAUUGUUACCCGCCUCAGCCUUCGGCUUCAAAAAUAACAUUGACCCUCUUGAAUGUACUGUUUAACCUCAUCCAAUAAUUGUUAAAUAUCCAUCUUGAUCUCUUGCUCUUUCUGGUUCUUCAGCGAAUCAUUGUUGAUUACCAUAGUUCUUUUUUCUAGGUCAAAAUAUGUGUCCUGAAGGUUGGAUCGCAUACAAUGAUUCCUGUUACCAAUUCAAUAUGGACAUAUCUCAAAAAAUGACAUGGGCAGAAGCCGAAGCCGCUUGUAAUGCAAUUGGAAAUUUUGCCUCGCUAGUUAAAAUAAACAGUCAAAGUGAACAGGAUUUUGUAAAUCAACGAAUCCAAUCUAUCUCUGGCACAGAUGCCUGGAUAGGUCUUAACGAUAUUAACAAGGAAAAUGUGUUCAGAUGGACUGCUGACAAAUCGCCCAGUUCGUUGGACAACACUAAAUAUCAAAUUUGGGCGAAUGGUAAACCAUCUGAAAAUAAUGACGAUCGUGACUGCGUGAUGAUACUAAGUGUCAGGAAAGAUGGUGCAUGGUCGGUUAAAAAUUGCUCACAAAAACAAAACUACGUUUGCAUGAGACAUAGAGGUAAGCAUUUAAUAAAGAUUGCUAAUGUACAUUCAAACUUUAUUCUCGUUUGCGGUUGGUCAAACACGUACUUGUGUCUAAAACAGAUUACAAUCUAAAACACUCGAACUUGAAAGAUCUGUGUCUGUGUAUGUAGCGACGAUAACAAGACAGCUGGGGAUUGAGAGAGAUACAACUACCCAGUGCCGUAGCCACAACGAUAAUUGGGGGGGGGGGGACAUAUUCAUAUAUUCGUGUUCUGCCCGCGACGGAUUUCUUUUGAAAGCGAUUGUUUUUACGAUAUGUGACAUGAAUAUAUGAAUAUACCCCCCCCCCCCACAAAUUAUCGCGUCUACGGCCCUGAAAAUAAAGGAAUUGCAUUUAAGGAAAUAUUUUUGUAGAUUCAGUAAUCACUUGAAAGUGUGCUAGUUCGUAGAGUUCUGCUUUAUUAAUUUCUUUUGAAAUCAAUUGUUUUUAUUGUAUGUGAACACGAAUAUAUGAAUAUGUCCCCCCCCCCCCUUAUCGUUCUGGCAACGGCACUGCAACUACCUGAAAAAUAUAUUCAGCACUUCAACUUUCUCCCCAGGGCGAAUGCGUCAUGUGCACGCACAGUCGACACUACGACACUACUCAUCGCCGUAAAACCUACAAGGAACUAAAUGUGAUUUUUAUUUUAGAUUUACCGUUUUGCAAUGGGCCACUGGGAAUGGAGAAUGGGAAGAUAUCGGAUUCUCAAAUUACAGCUACCACUUUCUUAUCUACAAAUGAACCCUUUCAGGCUCGAUUCCGUCACGGUGGGUCCUGGUGCCCCACGACAGCAAAUCAGGUAGAUAAAAGUAUACCUUAUUAUAGGAAAUUGAAGGGAAAUGGCAAUAUAAAUUUUUAUUUUCUCAUUUGAAAGAACUUUUGAAAUUAUAUAUUAACUUCUUUUACUGAUUUUUCAUAUCCUGCUUAGUUCUUGAAAUAUUUUCACUUGAAGUGAUGAGAUUUCCGCCAUCUUGGAUACAUUUUUGAACUCAUUAACGGUAGUUUUGGUGACAUCACAACAGGGAUUAACCACAUAAAAGUAUUCGUUGCUGACCAAAUAUUGAUUGGUAGAUGUUUUAAUGGUUUUGAAUGAUCUUGAUAUUUCGAAGGGCAGACAGAGUAUAGUUUUGAGUGCAAAAUGAUUAGUGGUUGUCUAGGUAAAAAUAUUGCGUGACCCUGUUGUGACGUGGCAUGCAUAUCUACAAACACAGGUCCGCUGUGGCGGACAUGCAUCUACUGAAUAGUAGCACUGGGAAAUAAAAGGCAUUUAGCAGAUAAAAGCAUAGAUGUGCACUCUGACCUUUGGAAUCAAUUUCUGGCAUUUCCAGAGUCAUAGCACAAGCACAAGUGACAAACGUCCCAUUGUUGACGUUUUAAAAUUGUAUUUCCGGUUGGGAUUUGCUCACAGUCGGGCCAGAAAUGGAAAUUUUUAUAUACCGUGAUAAAACUAAAAGAUACAAAUUUGAAGAUACAAGCUCGAAAAUAUAAAGACUAUAAACACUCCACACAGUGUUAUUGAUAAUGACUCGAACAAGAAUAUUGCAUGUUCGGCGAAAGGUAUGGCUAGUUUAUAUUUUUGUUCAGACAAUUGCGUAAUUUGAUAAUAUACGAUCUCGCUUGACUUUCAAAGGUCAUAAAUCGCUACAAUGUUGAUAAUGACUAAAACUAUUGUGCACUGAACCGAAGAUAUGAACAUACAAAUUCGUCAUCCUCUCGCGCAGUGUAUACGUAUUGCACUCCGCUCAUGUUAUCGACAAAACCAUUUUAUUGAGUACUCGUGUUAUUGACAAAACCAUUUAUGGACAAGAGCGGAACUAACCGUAGAUAACGGACUUUCGCUCGCAAUCCUAUGCUCAGGAAAGUCGAUAAUUGGGGGGGGGGGGGCAGAUAUUCAUAUAUUCAUGUUCACAGACGGUAAAAACAAUCUCUUUCAAAGGAAAUAAAUUAUGCAGAACAUGAAUAUAUGAAUAUCUGCCCCCCCCCCCAAUUAUCGACUUUCCGGCGCCCCCUGCCUAUGCUCGCAAUGCAUUACAUCUAUACGUCAUCAAAUGUGCCUUUUCCCGACAUACACGGACCUCUGCAGGUCCUGAUAAUGCUUCUACUGAUUAAAAUCAGUAGAUGCAAAAAUUGAAGAUGGCGGACAAUUUCAUUCCCUCUUCGAUCAAAUGUAUUUAUAUGAAAAAACGGUAAAAGAGUAUUAUAUAUAGUCUUAAAAGUUCUUUCAAAUGAGAAAAUGAGAAAAUAUAUUGCCAUUUCCCUUUAACCAUGCAAUUUAUUAACGUAGAAUGAAAUCCGUUAUUAAUUUAAUUAAGGUUAGAAUAAAUAGUCUUUCAAACACUCAUUAAUAAUUCAUAAGCUUAUUGGCAAAUCAUGUCAACCAUAAUAUGUCACGUGCAGUGGCUUUAAACCUGAUAAAACACUCCUAAUUAGUAUUCUUUAUAUAAAGAAUACUAAUAAGGCAGUAUCUAUUGCAGUCGUGUCUUCAUUAGUAUUUUUUAUACUGUAUAAAGAAUACUAAUAAGGCAGUAUAUCUAUUGAAUUUGCAGUCGUGUUUGAAACUCGCAGGUCGUGUUUUAUUAGGUCUAAAGCCACUCGCGCUGCGCGCUCGUGGCUUUAAACCUAAUAAAACACUCCUGCUCGUUUAUUAAACAGUAAAUAAUUAAUUAAGGUUAUUAAAUUACUAAUUAACUAUAGUUAUUAAAGAAAUCCCACGUUAAUUAAUAUGUCACGUUAAUCUAUGUCUAGAUAAGGUACUUAUUAAAUCAUCACAUUGUUUGGUGUUGCCUUCAUUCAACUGUGCUUAAAAUCAAUGGCUGUGAUCAGGGCGCUUAUAUACUAUACUUAACAUUCACUACACGCUUUUGGAAGUAUGUUAAAAAACCUGUAUUUCCUAAUAAUACGGUGUGUUUUUCUUCCCAGAAAGAGUAUCUACAAGUUGUGCUGCCCUAUUUAGCUGACAUCAGAAAGAUCGCCACAGAGGGUAACGUGACUUCAUAUACAUUGACAGUUAGUAGAGAUGGGAUAAAAUUCAGAUAUUAUAAUCCUUCAGCAACAUCAAAGCAAUUG